AUGUCGAAGCCACUCAUUGACUUGCCGACUUCAAUAUCUGCCGAUGGUUGGGCCGACGACCUCUUUAAAGCCGCGGGUACCCGCCCAGACCCUACUGUCAAAGCUCCACCUCCUCCGCCUCUAGCUGGACCUUCUACCUCUUCAUCUUCUACCAUUCAUGCUUCGAGAGUCCCUCCCGUGGAACGCAAACCAACUUCACCGGAAUCUCGGCCGAGCUUUGCGAAUGGCCGUGAACGGUCCACCGACUACGCAUCUCAAACGAUACCAGCUGGGGGACUGGCUGCCACUCUUUCCUAUCCUGGUCAAAACCCGUUUCCGGCUCCUGAUGAGGAUGGAAGGCUGAAGCGCUCCGCCUCACAUUCGCACCUGUCACCCUUGGACCUGCCAUCGCCACCCCCGCACCCGGGAUACUCAACGGCGCACUCUCGUACAGAGGAUAACCUGCUUCGGUCCCCCGCCUCCAUGCCGUCGCCCAACGCUCGCUCGCCGCUACAUGCCUCGCAUAUGCGUAACGGCUCGGAUACGAGCGAGAACGGCGUGCGGAAACCUGGGGGACAUGCGCCUAGUCUACGCUCAAGUGUUGCCAGUAAAGGAAGCUGGCGCGUGGGCUUCACUGGGAAGCUGAAGGGCGCGCUAAGAUUAGGAAAGAGGGAGAGGACCAUGUCGGAGUACUCGAUUCGCGAGUAG